GCGCGCUCAAGCUGCACUGUGAAGGUUUGAUAAAGCAAGUUAGUUGGCUGCAACUUCUAACCUAUGGACACGCACGGAAGAACGUGACCAACGCGAGGUUCCACUGACGGCUUGCAGUUCACGAGAGGAGAGUUGACUGUUCAGAGUCUGGAUUGUACUGGGGACAUUUAUCACCUGUUGAUACACCAACAUCAAGGCAAAAUGGGCCGUGGCUUCUUGAACUUGGCCUUUUUGUUGAGUAUAAGUGGCUGCCUUGGACAAAAGGAUUGCACCGGUGUUGAUUGCCCUGAACUGCAUAACUGUAUAGAAGAGGUCCUGGACACCGGAGCAUGUUGUGCUACCUGUGUACAAACAGGCUGCAUGUGCGAGGGGUACCAGUAUUAUGAUUGUAUCAGUGCUGGCUUCAGAAACGGCAAGGUUCCAGAGGGAGAGUCGUACUUUGUGGACUUUGGGAGUACUGAAUGCUCUUGUCCACAAGGGGGUGGACGGAUUAGCUGCCAUUUUAUACCAUGUCCUGAAGUUCCAGCCAAUUGCAUAGAAUUGUCAGAACCGGCAGAUGGGUGCAUUCAGUGCGAGCGAGUAGGAUGCGUUCACAAGGAUCAGAAAUACGAAGCCGGACACACGUUCCAAAUGGACCCUUGUGAAGUAUGCCACUGCCCGAAUGGUGGUGGGGAUCUAAUGUGCUAUCCGGUUCCAAGCUGCAAUCCAAGUCGUGCUUCAAAACCCAUGCUGAUGACAACAACCGAAGAAACCACACAAGGGAUGCCCUAUCGAGACCCCAUAAUGCACAUUUUUAACCAUCAAGGCUCUAGAAUUCCCUUUACCAAACAUUUUCCCUUGCAUGCCGAUAACAAUCGUCCUUUUAAGCUGCAUAUGAGAAAAAUAGAUGAGAAAGAUGAGGAUGAGGAAGACUAUGAUUAUCCACCCACUGAUUACUCAGCUCCUUCUCUGGAUGAUUUUGCAGCUCCCACAGAGUCAUCCAUCAUGUCGGUAUCUCAUUCAGAUAAUUUUACCCCCCACCAGGGUGUGCACAGGGGUGCUAAACAAGAGCUGAGAGAGACGCUUGGUAUUCAUAGGUCCACAACAGAAAGGCCGCAGUUUCCUUUCUAUAAGGACAGUACAGACCGAAUGAGAGUAGGCACUCGCAAUGACAAACCAAAAAAUGAGCUAUUCAGCCCUCUGGAAUAUAAAACAGACCGGGAACGAUUCAUCCUUCCUGUGGAAACUACAAACAGACUGGGAUUCUCCAGUCACAAAGAUGCUUCUGAGAUCCAGAGCUUUAGUCUUUAUAAAGACAGCUUCAAUCAAGAGGACCUAACAGAUGACGAACAGCUUGAAUUUCCUUCAGAAACUACUGAUGGGGAAAGAGAUACCUCACAGGAGGACACCACAUACAGCGAGACAGUUACUGACUCUCCAGUGACUAUUGAGAAAACUACAUCAUCUCCACUUUGGGAAACCACAAUUUUAAUGCAAGCUGCUUGGGACGAUGUAUCAGAGAGUCAAAUUCAACCACUUCUCCCAAAUACUGUCGAAACAGAUGGCUCCAAACAUGAAGAAACCAUCACAAGAGAGACUAGUAAAGAAAAAGCAGCUGUUCUGAAUGAAACUACAAGUCUGUAUGACUUUCGAUCAAUCACUGGUAAUCAGAAUGAAUAUAUCCUGAGCACUCCAGAUCCUGCUAAGCAAAGUGUGACCAUCCCAGCUGAAACUUUACCAGAACAUGAAGAAUCAGAAGCCGAAUUUGAAGAGAAACAGAAAAGGCUUGCAGUGGACCACAGAGAACCACUUGAAGAACACAAAAGACUUCCUGUUAAAAACGCCCUUGAGCACCCACAACCUGGAGAAGAACAUGUGCAGAGCACCUCAGCAAAGCACAACACUGAGCUUGAGAGGAAACAUCAGUGGCACUUGUUCUCUCCAGUUACCUUCAGUCCAACCAGCCCACCUUCAAACAAACAGUCCCACAGUCUGUUUAACUUCAGAGAAGAAGAGGACGAGGCAGACAACACCCUCAGAGCUGCUUUUGUGGAUGAGGAAGGACUGGUGGAGAGCUGUUGUGUGGCCGGGCAGAAAUGGGCUGAGGAGAACCAGCAGUGCAACCGAAUGCCUGUCAAAACAGAAGACAUCAGCUCUGUGUGUGGUGUGGUCCAGCAACAGUGCUGUUUGGGUGCUCUGAGAGAGAGCAGGUGUCAGGCUGGCAUCAUUGCAGCAAAGGCCAGACGUACCUGUCAGAGAAACAGCCCGCUCUGUGGAGAAGACUCACAAACAGACUGCUGUAACUGCUGUGCGCUAGGUCUGCGUUUGCGAAGGGAAGGUAAAGGUUGUGAAGCUCAUCAAUACCUGAGUUACCCAUGCGGACACGUAUUCCUCACAUGCUGCGAGGAUGCUGAAGAAGGUCUUCCUCUUCCCACCAUCAAGAAAAAGCAAAGGCCUCAACCAACCGCUCUCCCAAAGAGAGUAUCAGACAGGCAGUUUGGGAAGCAGGCGCUGUCAGUCGGGGAUGUGGAUCCCGCAGUUAAUUCACUGGAGGAUAUGGAGCAUGGUGACAGAUGCCAGAGAUUUGGCACGCUCUGCCAUCACACCUGCAUCAACACCCGGGACUCCUACCUGUGCGGCUGCCACCCCGGGUACACACUUCUGCAGGAUGGCCACACCUGUGUGUCAGAGAACCAGGAGGAAGACAACAGAGUUAGUGAGGAAGACCGGAUCCCUACUGCAGUUCCAGAUAAACAACAAACUACCACUCAGAUGCCGGUCUUACAAAACCCUUGUGCAGGUAAUGGGCUGUGCUCUCAGAAGUGUACUGUGGUUAGAGGACUGGCACAGUGUUCCUGUUACCCAGGAUUCUCUCUGAAAUUCGAUGGACACACCUGUGAAGAUGUGAAUGAGUGCCUGAAUGGCAGACACAAUUGCUCCCUGGACGAGAUGUGUAAGAACCACGAGGGCUCCUACCAGUGUGAGCGGCUCAAUGAGAUGUGCCAUGAGGGCUUUAUUCACAACCACAAUAGAGAUUGUGUGGAUGUGAAUGAGUGUGUGACGAACACACACACCUGUCGGGCAGACGAGCGCUGCGUGAACACAGUAGGAGGAUUUGUGUGCGAAAGGCUGAUCUUGUGUUCGAGUGGUUACCAGCUGAGAAAUGGAGUAUGUGAAGACAUCGACGAGUGUGUUAUACGAACUCAUAACUGUGGGAUGGGCUUCCAGUGUCAGAAUACUGAUGGUUCAUUCACGUGUAACCCGAAACAACGCUGCCUCACAGGCUUCACUCAGGACUCACAUGGCAACUGCAUUGACAUUGAUGAAUGCAGCAGUAUAAGAGAACCAUGUACGUCUGGCUUCAAUUGCAUAAAUACUGUGGGCUCCUAUACCUGUCAGCGCAAGAUCAUCAUGUGCAGUCGAGGUUAUCAUUCCAGUCCAGAUGGAGCUCGGUGUAUUGAUGUGGAUGAAUGUCAGACGGGCACCCACCGCUGUGGAGAAGGCCAAAUCUGUCACAACCUGCCCGGCAGCCACCGCUGUGACUGCCAAACAGGCUACCAGUACGACACCAUCCGUCAGCUCUGUGUGGAUGUAAAUGAGUGUUGGCGGUACCCAGGCCGUCUCUGUGCCCAGACCUGUGAAAACACGCCGGGCUCGUACCAGUGCUCCUGUACCACAGGCUUCUCCCUGGCCUUUGAUGGCAAGAACUGUGAAGAUAUUAAUGAAUGUGACAACAAUCCCUGCAGUCAGGAGUGUGCAAACAUCUACGGCUCUUACCAGUGUUAUUGCCGAACGGGCUACUACCUGAAAGAGGACGGCCACACGUGUGAAGAUAUCGACGAGUGCUCACAGAGCAUUGGAAACCUGUGUGCGUUUGAGUGUGUGAACGUGCCAGGGAGCUACACAUGUGCCUGUCCUCCUCAUGGUUAUUCUAUGUCAGCUAAUGGACGCACAUGUCAAGAUAUUGAUGAAUGUGCCAUUGGAUCGCACAAUUGCUCUGCUUCCCAGACGUGCUUCAACAUCCAAGGAGGCUUCCGUUGUCUGUCGUUUGCAUGUCCUGACAACUACAGGAGGGUGUCGGACACACGCUGUGAACGAAUGAGUUGCCCCAACUACCAACAAUGCCAGACCAUGCCAUUACGCAUCACCUACUAUCAACUGAGCUUCCAAACCAACAUCGUCAUCCCAGCUCAGAUCUUUCGCAUCGGACCUUCACCCACAUACUCCGGCGACAACAUCAUCAUUAGCAUCCCCCGCGGCAAUGAGGAUGGCUACUUCAGCACGCGGAAGCUCAACAGCUUCACCGGCGCCGUUUACCUGCACCGGCAGGUUCGAGAGCCAAGGGACUUCCUCAUCGACGUAGAAAUGAAGCUGCUACGUCAAGGAACUUUCACAACUUUCCUGGCCCGCAUCUACGUGUUCAUCACAACAAGCUCUAUGUGAUGUGAUGACACCUUUGAUUUCGCAUGGUGCUAAACUCUUCAGGCUUCCAUCUUGAAGUUGUUUGUCAUCUGGCAGAUCCUUAAGGCUUCUGUUUGCCUAACGGAUUUUUGCUCAGAGAGACUUUGAUGGGACUCUCCCACUGGGAUCCAACCGCUUGUUUUGAGUAGAGCGAGAACAAACAGGACGGAGCAUAGAGGCUGACAGAAACAUUUGGCUUUUAAAAGUCCUAGUUUUUCCUCUUCAAAGUAUCAAAAGUACUCUACACCAGACGCUAUUUAUACCACACCAAUUUAUCUUGAUUGCCUGAAACUGCUUUUUAUAGCACUUCAUUACUUUUUCCUAACAACACUAUGUUUCUCCUAGGGGGUAGGCAGAAUAGAGCUGAGGUAGAGUUAGGGGGUUUGUAAUGGCUGUCACAAAUCCUCCAUUCAACUGCUGUGCCGUUUAAACGUCUAAUCAUUUCACAGCUCAUCCGAUACAGCUGAUAACUGUAUUUAAAAACGUAUCUGUGUAUAAUUCCCACAAGUAUACCUCAGCUCAGUGCCUCUGCAAAAGAGAGACAUUGUGUUUGUAAUCAUUGUUAGCAGUUAAAAAGCUGUAUGAUUGUUAUUAUUACUGUUUCAAACUCGCUCCGUUCGUAGCUCUUGGUGCUAAUAUACCGUUUUGGAAACAUUUGACACGCAUACAUGAAGAGUGUGUGAGCUCCAAAGCAGCACUGAGAAUAUUGUAUUGAUAAACGUCAGUUUGUAUAUCUUUACAUUGUAAUAUUACACCUGUUUUGAUGUAUUACUGUCUUGAAAAUUCAUCUCAGGGUAAAAGCUUCUAAUCAUCUCAAUAUACGUUGAUAUCUCAAAUCAUUAUCAUUAUCAAAACAUAUUAGGUAAAUUCAUGGAACAACCAAAUGCAUCAGUAUAUUAUUAAUGCAAGACAUAUUAUCUCCCUUAAUGGAUUCAGUUCCUCAAUAAAGCAACACCAUCAUUCCUUUUA